AAAAAAAAAAAAAAAACGAGACAAAUAGGAUACAAAUUACCCUGUGUUCACUAAAAAAUAUAUAAAUUAACAGAAAAAGAAACAGUUACAAUUUAUCAAAGUGAUAAUAAGAGUCGACGUACGAAGCAAUAGGAAAAUCAAUAUGUAUUGUCUCUUGUAUACAUUCAGAAAUAUGUUUCCAAUGCCCUCUUUAGUCGUCAAAGUCUAACUACAACUUCUAAAUAAGAGCCUCUCUAUAAUGUUCUUCCUCUGUUUCCCUUUCUCCGUCUUUCUUGCUCUCGUUCGUGGUGCUGCGUCGCGUCGCGAGUCGCGCUUCUACGCGAGAGACGGGAAGCAAGAUCGUGGUAAAAGUGCGCGACGAGUCUUUCGCGAGUUAAUAUCAGCUUCGGUUUGCAGAUCGGGCACACGCUUUACCAACAGAAAGACUUCCUUGCGUACAGUGGCCGAUGCACGAGCGUCCUACCGACCGUGAGGAAAGGUAUACACGGUAUACACGGAAAACAGCAGCGCAUGCCGCGUGCGCUGAAUCUCUCGAUUGUCCCGGUGCGUCGCCGAGUGCACGUUGGUCGUCACAACAGGUAGUUGAGCGAGGGCAGCGUGCUCGGGCCUGUUCGUGGAAAGAAAAGAGACGACCGGGGGAGCGAGUGAAAGAUCGAUAGGUUUGCACGAGUACGCUGAAAAAAGAAAACACGUCGUUGGAAGGGGAAAUGGUAGGAGAAGUAGGAGCAAGAAGGACGGUCGAAUAUACCAGUGGGAGAGAAAGACGAGAGAUAUAGUAACAGGGAGGGGUUCUUCACUGUUGGUCGGAUACCUCUAUACCGUGCUUGUGCACAACUGCCUGUGCCACAGCUUUGAAUCUAACGUGUACGAGACGGGUUACUCACGCGUUCCCUUUGCUCCUCUUCUAUCUUCUUCGUAGACUACGUCCCUCUCUCUUCCACCUGCGCUUACGUAUUUCAUUUCCCUUCUAUGGGCUCCCCCUAUCUUUAACGCAGGGACGCGUUUCCGUAGUCUGUUGAGUCUUUUCGAAAAGUGAUGCAUAACUCCUGAAAAUUAUUUUAUACAAUUUGAGAAUGUCUCUGAUAUUUACGCAAUAUUUUUUGAAUGUAUUAAAGAUCAAAAUGGACUUUAGUUUGUUGUAAGCAUUUUAUAACAAAUCGAUUUUAUAACGUACGAUUAAACAAUUAUACACAUUAUAUAAAUGCUUCCAAAAUUUUUAAUGAAGUUGUAAAUUGAAGGAGCAAGUAGUAUAAUUUAAACAAAAACAAUCUACUUUUUACGGAAAAAGCUAUGUAUGAUAAACGUAAUGAAUUAUAUUGAAAAUAUUCGGCUUCCUAGCCGAAGAAUUACAAACUAUGAAAGGCGUCAGCUAUCGACUGUAAACCAGCUGCAUGUGUUGCCAUCUUCCGUCUAUUUGCCGAAAUAAAAAUUUCUCUUUCGAUUGAUAAAUAAUCAAUUGUUACAAAUUUUUAGAUUUUUAUAAUAUAAUUGUAUAUGUUUCGAUAAUUUUAUUAUUUUAUAAAUGUCAUGUAUUAUAUUUUAAUAAUAUAUAAAAUUUAACCUAUAUGUAUUAAUAUAACCUCUAAAUGUAAACAAGGAGUGUCAUUACACGUGAAUCAAAAUAUAUCGUAAACAGCGAUUUAAAAAAUGGAUUUAAGUACAGCAAAGGGUAAUAGAAUUCCCUUUAUACCAGGAACUAAACCCUCAAUAAAAAAUUCACAAUUACUUAUUUCAACUGGAAUUCCUUCUUUAGAUCAUAUAUUAGAGGAAGAUCAAUAUGGUACAUAUGCAAAAAUUAUGUUACAAUAUUUUAUGGCUGAAGGCGUAACUACAGCUCAACCAUUAUUAAUUGGAUCUAAAGAUGUUAAAACAUCACAACUCGUGUCAGAUAUACCAGCUGUUAUAACAGACCCAACAUCAAUUAAUCAACCGUCCAAUUCUGAUGAACAAAUGAAAAUUGCUUGGAGGUAUCAAAAUAUGAAAGUAAUUGAUACUUCUCCAACUGGAGGACAAGCGUUUGGUCAUUUCUAUGAUCUUACAAGAAAAAUAGAAAAAGAAGUAAUUGAAAAGGCAAAUAUAACGCAGUGGUAUGACGAUAAUUGUCCAGAAAAAAACAAUUCCUUCAACAAUGCGACAUAUUCAAAUUUAUUAAAAUGUAUCCAAGAAACUCUGAAGAAGGGACAAUAUUCGAUUUCAGAGACACCUAUAAAAAGACAAGUUCUAAGAAUCGCAAUCCACUGCUUAGGAUCUAGAUUAUGGUGCAGUGAUUCUGAAGAUAAUUCGUGCCAAGAUUUGUUAAAAUUUUUAUAUUACUUUAGAGCACUUUUAAGAUAUUCUUAUGCAGUUGGAGUGAUAACAGUACCUACACAAUGUUUUGAUAAUUCAAAUGUUAUUGCACAACGAAUUGAGCACAUAUCAGAUGUCGCAGUUAGACUGGAAUCAUUUGCAGGCUCACAGAAACAAAUAAAUCCAUUAUUUAAAGAUUAUCAUGGUUUACUGCAUCUUCGGAAGAUGCUAGCUUUAAAUACUGUAGCACCUCAUAAUCCAGAAUCACGAGAUCUUGUGUUCAAAUUACGUCGCAAGAAAUUUGUUAUUGAGGUUUUACAUCUACCACCUGAAUUAAGCGAUACUAUUCAAAGAGAACAAGAUGAGACGGCACCUCAAUUUGGAUGUUGUAGUGUACCAGAUAAGAACUUGUUAGAUUUUUAAACAAAUAUAAUGCUUGUAUAAACAAUAUAUUUUUUAAGUAAUAUUGAAAUCUAAUUAUUUUUAUGCUUACCCAUAAAAAUAAUUUUCUCGCUUAUAAAAGUUAGCCAUAAAUAACCCACAUACGAACGUAAAACGUGAUAUUUGAAUUAAAAGUGCAUAGAACGCCGUGUGAAUUAAUGUAGACGAGAGGAGAUAGGCUUCGUGAACACACAAUAAUACGCAUAACGCGUUUAUUUACUCCAUGGUAUCAUAUAAGUAACUUUUACUAUAAAUAUUAAAAAAAAUUAAUAUUACAACUUUUAAUAACAAUCACCUAAAAAAAUGAUUUCUUUAAAAAUUUAUUUCGUGAUUAAAUGGUGAUUCAAUUACAGCAAAAAUA